AUGGCGUCGACGUCGACGCAUAGGCGAGGACGACGGCCGCGACCGCGCGCGGGGGCGGUCGUCGCGCUGUGCGUCGCGGUCGUCGCGCGCGCGAUCGGGGUGUUGGCGCUCGAGACCGAAUCGGGGGUGACGCGAACGACCGCGGCUGGGGGGGCGGGACAGACGAUGAACGCGUCGACGAUGACGACGACGGGUGCGAGGGGUGUCGUGGAAGACAUCGCGGACGAGGAGGAGGCGGAAACAUCGAAGGCGACGAUGACGGAGUCGCGAACGCGCGUCGCGGCGGAGGACGAGGACGCGAGGACGGGAGAAGACGCGGACUCGGCGGCUGAUGUAGGGAAGAUGAACGUCGUGGAGGAUGAAAAUGAGGAAGACAAAGAUGACUCUACGACCACGGGCGCGGGUGGCGAGGAAGUACGCUCGGCGGACGAGACUUUCGAGACCGCCUCCGUGACGAGGCAGACGUCGUCGUCGACGGAAGCAAAUGUAGACGACGAGAAGAAGGAAGAGGAGAAGGAAGAAUUAUCGGAGGAUGAAAUGAAGGCGGCCAUUGAGAAGGCGGUGAAGAAGCGUCUGGCGGCGCUCUACGCCGAACCGACGCCGAAGCAAAAAGAUUGGGUGAAAAAAGUGAAGGAGAUUCACUCUCUUGACGGCGCGGUGAGCUUCACGGAAGACGGCACGACGUGCGGCUCUACCGGUGGUCUGGCCGUUUUCACGAUAUGGGACCACGUGCCAGAUGUCGCGCGGGACGCCAUCACCAAGUUUGUCGCCGCCACGGCCGCUGAAUCCACUUCACCACACUCUCUUCUUUCUCUUCGCGUCAAAGCGAUUCGACUCGUCAAAGCAUAUGACGUGAGCUUCAAAGGCACGGGUGCGGAUCGCAACGAUUGCAUCGCAAAUUAUUUUGUCCGACAAAAGGUUCACGAAGUCAUGCACCACAUUAACCGUCGUCGGGAGGACAGGAUCGAGCGAGCCCACGAGACGUUUGAUCACACGCUUCUCAAAAAUACUGAAGAGGACACGUCGGAAGAGGCAGAAGAGGAACGAGCUCGUCGCAUCGGGAGAGUCGCGAAAGAGCUCAAACGAGUCAUUUCGGCGCAGCUCGAUAAGACGUCGGAAGCAAAUUCUGACGAGAAGAGCAAAGCUGGGGGCACCACACUCGUUCUCUCGCUCAACUGCCGAGCGCAGCACCAGCACCGACUGGUGGCUGCCAUCAUGCACGCCGUCCGAGCGCGGUUCGGUCUCGGAGCUGGCGAUUUCACUAUGGUCAUUGGUAAAAAGGCCGUCGACGACGAGCUCCAAACCUUGCUUGGUAAAUCUUACGACACGCUCAUGUCGCAGAGGGACGCCGAGGUGUCGGCGAACGCCGUGCAAUCACGCAUCGAGGUGUGUCCAUCGUUGCCCGGAAUUCCACCUAAAGCGGAAGAGCCCGAGCGUCCGCUUUCUGAAAUGGAAAAGGCCAUGCGAAGUGCUGAGCAGGAAGUGAUGUUGGAGCACCAAAACAAAGACCCGACGAACCCGUACCACCAGAACGCGGGCGCUGGGCUCGGGAUUCAGUCUCUGCCGGGAAUGCCGAACGUCUUCAAUGGUCAAAACUUGAGACAACAAGGCGACGGCACCGCUCGCGAUGAGGCAAGACAAUAUUUCGGUCUUAAUGACCACUCCGUCGGCACGCAUAACACCGAUCAUCUUCGCGGUGGCCAAGCGCGACGACAGCCCGGCGGGAGCGGAGAGCCGCGUCAAAAAGUUCAGGGCGGGUUCAACGCCUUGCCAAAGAUGGCGGACCCCCUGGACGAUUACUUGCGCUCGGAUGCGAAGCCGCGGAGGUAUCAGCGUCGCGCCGUUCGAAAUUGA